AAAAUGAUCAUUUUGACUGGUUGCUCAAAUACCCUCUUUAAAAAGCUUGAGAUUGAUGCCACAAAGCAAGAAUAAACAAUUCAAGAAAGAACUAAAAAAUGGUGUCAACGGAGCACAAGAAGGCUGCACUGCAUGAGAAGCUGCAACUUCUUCGAUCAAUUACAAACUCUCAUGCAAAGGAAGAUACAUCGAUCAUAGUUGAUGCGUCAAAGUACAUAAAAGAGCUUAAACAGAAAAUAGAUAUACUGAAUCAAGACAUAGCUCGAAGCUCGACUUACCAGAACUCAUGGCCUAUGGUUACAGUAGAAACUUUAGAAAAGGGUAUGCGAGUAAACGUGUAUUCGGAAAGAAGCUGCCCAGGUCUACUUGUUUUUGUGUUGAAAGUGUUUGAAGACUUAAGUCUUAAUGUUUUGGAAGCUAGGGUUUCUUGUACAGGCAGUUUUCAACUUGAAGCACUUGGAGUUGAGAGAGAAGACAAUGGAGAAACCAUCGACACUCGUAUGGUGAAACAAGCAGUCUUACAAGCAAUUGAAGACUGGAGCGAAAGCGACAAUCAAGAGUACUAAAUAAUGCAUUUUCUCCGAGUUAAUCUUUGGUAUUUUUCUUCUGCAUUCUUCGAUUUGGUUUAUGUAUUAGACAUGAUUUCAAGUCGGAGGAAAUAGCUAGCUAGCCUUCAAGAGUCAUCGACUGAAACAAAGUAUCUUGGGAUUGAUAAAAUUAUUCCCAUGUAAUGUUUAGAGGCGGUUAACCGCGAGAACUCUAUAAAAAAUGUAAUCUUUGUGGCUCAAAAUCUUUUUUCUGCAAAUGUAAGUUGCAAAAAAUUCCAUCUACGGCAUUCAAGUCUA